GGAAUAUUUGUCCUAAGAGGAGAACAUUCUUAUGUGCAAGAAGUUAACAUGGAGAAACCCUGCUCAGUGGUUUAUGCGCUGGUUUUAACGCUUGGUGCAUUUCUGCACAUUGCUUUUGCUGCAGAAGCUAAAGGCAACUUGACAGUGAUUCUUCCAAAGCCAGGCCACUGCCCUCGUCUCUUGAAUGCUGUCCCAUCUCAUAAAGGCUGUGUGUGUGAUGAUGACUGUCCUGCAGACCACAAAUGCUGUGUCUUUGACUGCGGAGCUGUCUGUGUCCCUCCUGCUUUCACAAAGCCUGGAGUGUGUCCUCGGAGGCAGUGGGGCUCAGGCCUUUGCGCUGAGUAUUGCUCUAAUGACAGUGAUUGCCCCAAUGAAGAAAAGUGCUGUAACAAUGGAUGUGGACAUGAGUGCAUUGCACCAUACACAGUGAAGCCAGGUCGCUGUGCUCUACCCCAGGGAACCCCCAUGUGUGCAGAGUAUUGCUAUCAUGACGGUCAGUGUCCAGGAGAGCAGAAGUGCUGCAGAACAACCUGCGGUCAUGCCUGCAGUGAGCCCUGUUGAUUCACAGGACAGCAGCACUGUUUGGAUUCUUUUAUUCAUCUAAAUAGAAAAUGUAUCGAGUAAUGAGAACGUCUGUUUUGUGUCACACAUUAAGCAUUAGUUUUUUUUAUAUUGAAGAGAUAAAUUCAAUUGCAAUUCAUAACAUUGCAAAGGAGUUUGCUAUAUGCUGCACUUUAUGUACAAACAUAUGCAUAUCUUGAUCAUUUGUUACUAUGACUCAGUCAGGACCUUUUUGGUGGAUUAGCAUCCAUUGUCUAAAAUAAUCUGAAGAAACUGUGUUUGUAUUGUAACUAGUGGGAACUUUUAAAUUACCUUCAUUUGAUGCAGUAACCCUUUAGUUCAAACAAUACCUGUAUAAGAUAAUUAGCUCUUCAGGUAUAGUUUACAUGAUAACAAUAUUUCUGUACUUCUCUAUGUGUUGCUUGCUUAUGACUUUGGGGUAUGGAUCGAUGUAGAUUCACUAUGUUUCAAACAAUAAACAUUUUACCAGAACUUUGAAAGUGUG